GCAUGGCGGGAGAAGGGACGAUAGGAAGAAGAGGGGGCCAUUAUAAAUGUUGGCGUAUGCGCACACGAAAUUGAGAGUGAUCCGAUUGCCUCUUCGGGAUUCUCCGUCAUGGAGGGACCUGAGACGGGCGGACGCGCGCCAGUUGGCGAUCGGCGCGCGUUAGCGGAUGGGCAUCAUAGGGGGACGCGUGACAAUGAAUCACAAUCGCUGACCGUGUCUUGCCCCGCCGUCAUCCUGCUCCAGUCCCGCCGUUCGUGAAAGGGCUGUCUGCACCCGGCAGCGUCCACGACGAGGGAGGGGGGUGGGCCUGCGAAUUUCUGCUGGGUUUUCGGGGGUCGGAAAUACUAGAGCCCCUUGUUGUCCCUUGCCCUUUUGCUUCCGCGAUGGCGCGCUGGCGCGGACCGUCGGCGACGAGCUCCCCACCCGCGAGUCAUGUCGCUCGCGGUGCCGGUCGCAGAUUGCGAUCCUGUCCGUGGAUCAGCAGCUGCGAACAAGGAUGUCUCUGGGACGGCAGAUACUUCACCAAACGCUCGCACUGGGUGCGCAUCCCGUAACUGGGGCCGAUCGGUAUGCACAUCCGCGCAGAUAGCCGGGGCCGCCAGGUGCGGAAUCUUCCGAGAAGGGGCGACCGAAAUUGUAUCAGAUUCAGAUUGUGCAAUCACAGCGACGCCAGAGUGCAGCGAAGGCCUGCGGCGGCGGGGCGGCCAUGAUCCAUCUGGUUCAACUCAGGCCGUGCUCGGUGUUUGCCGCACGUUCUCGUUGGAAAUGGGCGCCCAGACCAUGUGCUUCACGUGCCGAAGAUCUUCAACACCUGCGCGACGAGUACAAUGUUCCUUUCGCACCAACAAUGACCUAACCCAAGCGCGCCCCCUCGCAACAUACCCGACGCCCAUUCAGUCCCGCGUAGCCGCUCAAUUGAGAAAAUCAAAGACGACCCUAGCCAUCCAUGCCCUCAAACAGCAGGAUACCGCGUACCUCGGCGCUAUCCAGCUCAAGUCCGAGCUCGAACUCUGCACAUCACAAAGCCACCCUGCGUCGCCUGCGCGUGCUGCCGGAACGUCGGCAGCGACGCGAGGUCGACCGUCCACUUGCACAGCUCGACAGUCUCGCCCUCGUCUGUAUAGCGCAUGAUCUUCUCCGAAUCACUCGUGUACAGCGUCGCGAUGAACGUCGAGUCUGCCAGCAGUCAGCCACAUACGACUGAUGGGACCAAAGCCUAUGCAUACCCUGUGGCGACUGCGAGUACUUGCUGCAGCGAAACACGUCAGUACGGCCACCUCUGCGUCAUCUCACGAUCCGCGUACCAGAACCGCGUCGUCACGCGCUGCCUAAGCACUAAUCAGCCGCCGCAC